UUUCCCCGUCCGUCAUUUUUGUUUGAAGCGCACCGUGCGGUGCGGCGUGCCUUGCCUCCUUGGCUUCCGCCGCUUCGCCUCGUCGCUUCCGCUCUCCACAACGGCACACUCCGCCGCCGCCGGGUGACUCCCGCGGUGAUUUCUUCCCCCGAAGCGCUGGUAUCCUCCGGAUCUGGACGCCGAGCCCGCCGCGAGCUCUAACUGUAGCGAUUGGAUCUGAAAAUGAGCGAGGGGAAUACUACUCAGCUUGACCUUGAGGAAGGAUCGCCUCAGAUGUCUGCUGAUAAUGAUUCUAGUAGUCCUGCAACAAUACACAAGAUAAAUGCUGACACGCAAGACUCUGGAAGCAAAAUUGAAUCACCCACUCCAGAGAAGCUUGAAUCUAGAAGCAAAGGGGUCGUUGUGAGUUCACUAGCAAGGAAUUUGCUUGCAGAGAGGUACAAAGACAGAUUUGCAAAUCUGCUGGGGGAAGAUGAGGAUGACACGGAUGAUGAAGGCUAUAAUGACAGUGUUUCACCUGAUGUUUGCCGAUCUCUGAUUUCAGGAAGCAUUGAACUCCUUGAGAAACACAAGGAUUUGCUGAAUCUUUUCAAUAGAAUGGAGAGCUCUAUAAGGUUGCUACGCUUACGGAAGAAGAUGACUACUUUUAAUAAUAUUGCCACCCAGGUGGAAGUACUCACAAAGAGGACGUUCUCAUACAGUCACUUGGCCCAGAUGAAGCAUUUGUUUCCAGAAGCAAUCCAGAUAAAGAGGAUACUCUUACAUGAUGAGAAAAGCCUAUGCAUGUAUGCUGAUAUGGAGAUCACACUUGUCAUGGAUGUUGUGGAAUGCACAAGUCCUGAUCAGUCUCCAUCAAUGGCAAUCUGCGAGGCUUUUUACUCAAAGCUUUUGAGUUUUUUGGAUGCUCAUCAUAAGGGUACAGAGAUUCCCGAGGCAAUUCUACCAGGACCCUUUAAUUCAAGGUCAAGGGAGAAGUUAUAUCUUGAGGCGCCUAAUGGACAUGCUACUGAGCCAGCUUUGCAGGGCACCACUGAGGAUGGAUUGUUAUAUGCUUCCCACUUCCCACAAUCUUUUCAAAAACUCAUGUCACAGAAAAUCGUUGCUGAUGGAACUGAAAAGACUCAGUUGCUCUCUGAUCCAGCAGAACUGAGCUCUGUCAGUGCUUAUGUUACAGAAGGGAUAAACAGAAGCCCUAAAAAGCAAGAUACAAAUGCUCCAGUUCCAGUGAACUACGAAAUUUCUGCUACCCCCAAUCGCCAUUUGAUCUCUUGUUGUCCAGAGAGCACGCCAAAACAAGGGACCUCAGAGUCACCAUUUUUGGCUGGAACACCAGCAAUGCAGACACCAAAAAGGCCGUUGCUGACUCCACUUGGGAAACUUGAGGCCACAUGUGGACACAUUUCUGGACCACGUUCAGCCGGUUCAGCCCGCAGAUCACUGAAAACAUCGUUGAAAUUUGAAGGAGGAAGCCUGUCUUAUGAUGAUGGUAUGGAACAUGAGGCUACAGCUAAAAGGAACAUGUUCUCAGAAGAUUCAUCUAGUUCCAAUAAGUCAUUAGAGGAGAAGGAACCUGUCUCCUUUACUGAUAAAGACAAAACCAAUCAAGACCCAGUUGAAACCCAGGAAAAGAUAGCUUCGCUCCGUACCACAUUUGACAUAGUCUGUGAUAUUUCACGAUCUACCAAGAAUUCCCUAAUCACAAAACAAGAACUUUUCCACAAUAUUCUUGCCAAUAAUUUGGAGAUAGAAGAGACUGGGGAGAUAGAAGAGCAGCUGCAUAUUUUAGAGGGUCUGGCUCCUGAUUGGAUAUCUAAGAAGGUGAUAAAUGAAGGAGAAAUACUUUACAGCAUUGAACCAAUAACAGAUCAGAAUUCUGUUCGGGCGAGGCUUGUAGAACCCGUAUGAGAAUAGCUGCCAUCGGUUCAAAGCUGAAGAGUGCACCUGAUACUACUAUGUAUGUACCACUAAGAACCCAUGAAGCAGCCGCAUUAGCUAAUUUACCAUCAUAGUCAUAGAAUCCUCUGGAUUGCCCUUGCUCUUGUCUGAUUCGACUUCAAAUAUUGAGUAUAGCAACAGAAGCUGGUGGGGUUCCUCAGUGCAAUCUGUGUCCUUGUUGACCUGCUCAAUGCUAAAAUUGUUAUGAAACUUGAAUUCAGACCUGGGUGUAAUUUGGCGCUCAGAUUUCAUGCAUCCCAAUUGCCACGUACUGCUGUGUGAGCUUUCUGUGGUGCUAGAAGUCAACAUUAGAAUCUGCGCGGAAUUCAAUUGCCCUUUGGCAUCUC